AUGGGCCAGAGCAAGCACAGGGCAGUUCGCCCCGCGGAGUCUUCAGGGGUUCGUAGAGCUCCAAAGGCCGGUGCUGCAGCCAGCUUUGGGGUGCGCGGGGGGCAAUCAAGACUUUAUGAAAAGGAGGAUGCAGACGAAGGCAACGAGCAACUCUGUUCUUGCCGGUGGCAAGGCGAUUCUCCCCAGACUUUCACCCCACUCUACGGGAAGAGUCACGAUGGGGGUCAGGGCGUGCUACUUGUAGGCGCCCUCUUAGGACCGGUGCCCCAGAAAGCGGGGGCCGGGGCCGUUCUCCUCCGCGGGAGAGUGGCACCGAGGUUGGGCGUUGGGGUGUGUGGCCGCCCUCGGAGCACGCGGUACGUGAUCUCCGCGCCGGGAGAGGAAGAGCAAAGUCGGCAAGGAAAGCAAUUGCUGGGGAUAAUUGAAGCUAUCUGCAUAGGUUGGUUCACGGCAGAGUGCAUCGUGAGGUUCAUCAUCUCCAGAAACAAGUGUGAGUUUGUCAAGAGACCCCUGAACAUCAUUGACUUACUGGCAAUCACGCCGUAUUACAUCUCCGUGUUGAUGACAGUAUUUACAGGCGAGAACUCUCAGCUCCAGAGGGCCGGGGUCACCUUGAGGGUGCUUAGAAUGAUGCGGAUUUUUUGGGUGAUUAAGCUUGCCCGUCACUUCAUUGGUCUUCAGACACUUGGUUUGACUCUCAAACGAUGCUACCGAGAGAUGGUUAUGCUACUUGUCUUCAUUUGUGUUGCCAUGGCAAUCUUCAGUGCACUUUCUCAGCUUCUUGAACAUGGGUUGGACCUGGAAGCAUCCAACAAGGACUUCGCCAGCAUCCCUGCUGCCUGCUGGUGGGUGAUUAUCUCUAUGACUACAGUUGGCUAUGGAGAUAUGUAUCCUAUCACAAUGCCUGGAAGAAUUCUUGGAGGAGUUUGUGUUGUCAGUGGAAUUGUUCUGUUGGCAUUGCCUAUCACUUUCAUCUACCAUAGCUUUGUGCAGUGUUAUCAUGAGCUCAAAUUUAGAUCAGCUAGAUAUAGUAGGAGCCUCUCCACGGAGUUCCUAAAUUAAUGCAUUGCAAAUCAAGUCUUGCAUACACCUUGUUUGUUAGAAAGACUUACUGCUACUUCAUAUUCAUGUGUUUCUUGCUCGGUGAGCACUGCAGUGUGGUACUGUCAUCAUCUUGGUAGGGUAAGAAUUAUCCUUCCCAGCUGAAGGGAUAAAGCAAUUUACUUAUUAUGGAGUAAAUAAGAUUGAGACUGCAAAGGAAAAGUAAUGAUUUCUAGAGUUAAUUUUAAUACCUUAUUU